AUGCCCCCCUCGAAGGACAUUUCCUUCUCUCGCAACAGUACUCGUACUCGAGCCCAAAGCGACACCAGCACCAGCAGCAGCAGCGACAGCAACAGCAGCAACCACUACCCAAUCACAGUCACCAUCUACACCCUUUCUCUUCCUUUCGCCCACCCGACAAGCACCAUGGGCAACUUCCUCUCUGUCCUUCGGGACAACGACCUCUGUUGGCCAAUCAAGAGGUUCAUCCUCAAGUUACGGCUGAGGAGCCUCGCCAACAAGAUCUUCCGCCGGGCACCCCGGCGUGGGAUGAGGUCGACGUCCGACUUCUCCCUCUCAGAGGUUCCUCCUGAACUCUGGGAGGACGACAUGGGCCCUCUCCCUCCUCCUCCUUCUCCCUCUUCCUCUCCCGCCUCAACCCUCCCAAGGGUUGUUCCUCGUCCUCGGCGCGGACACCUGUUCGACCGUUGGACAACUCCGUACUAA